AUGUCUUGGCUCGCGGGGCAGAAGGACGAAGAAGACGAACAUGACAACCUAGGCGUGGAUUGGGUUCUGCAAUAUGAGUUUGGCGAAAUCGACCAAGCCCAAGCCAUCACCGAGUUCCGAGCCCUCAUCCACGACUUGAGCGAAGCUGGUCUUCGGGUCCAGGUACGUCACGGCCACGGCACUUCGCUAUUGGUGUGUAUUCGGGUACCGCGAGACCAUCUGGGGAAUUUAGUACACCAGUCGAGAAUUAAGGAUUGGCUGUUCGGGAUUACCCACACGUUACCGGACGGCGACGAGACGGCUAUCGCUGACGCCGAAACCCCGUCAGAGGAGAUUCGCUCGGUUUACCACGCUGUCACCUGGCAAAAGAAGAUCGGUGGUGCCGGGAUCACGCCGGGUUUUGGGAAAUGGGAGCGUGUCACUGCCUCCUUUCCAUUGCAUGAUCAGGAGGCUUGCAGGGACAUGCUGCGGAAAUGGAGUCGGAAGACUGUCUUAACGAGCCAGGAUUUGGAUGCGAUUCGAGCGCUCUUUGGCGAGAAGGUCGCUUUCUACUACGCAUUCAUUCAUUGUUAUUCGCUAUUUCUCGUCGUGCCCGCCGUACUGGGCAUCGUCGGAUGGGUAUAUUUGGGACCGUAUUCCAUUGUUUACGGAACUGUGCUAUGCGUCUGGUGCAUCGUGUUUGUCGAGUACUGGAAGGUUCGGGAGGCUGAUUUGAGUCAACGAUGGGGUGUCAAGGGUGUUGGCAGAUUGAAGGUGAAUCGGAAGCAGUACGUCUGGGAGAAGGAGGUCAAAGAUCCCAUUAGUGGACAAAUCAAGCACGUCUUCCCAGGCUGGAAGCAGUUCUCGCGACAGUUGCUCUUGGUUCCCUUUGCAUCAGUCGCGAGUGUGGCCCUUGGAGCCUUGAUUGUCGCGUCGUUUGCGUCGGAAGUGUUCAUCUCUGAGGUGUACGACGGCCCAUUCAAGAGCUACCUUGAAUUCGUACCGACCAUCCUCUUUUCGCUCUCAUUACCUGCCAUCACCUCGUUCCUCACCAACAUCGCGACUCGCCUCACUGAUUACGAGAACUACCGAACGCAGGACCAAUACGAUCUUGCCCAGACGCAGAAGACCUUUGUGAUGAACUUUAUCACAGCCUUCUUACCGACGAUACUGACUGCCUACGUCUACGUUCCCUUUGGUAGCUCGAUUGUCCCAUACCUGGACAUUCUCCGAAGGACAGGAUACAAGGCCGCCUUGCUCACUGGACAAAAGGAGUUCGAAGUAGACACGAGCCGCUUCCAGCAGGAGGUCAUUUAUCUUUCCAUGACAGCCCAAGUCUUGAGCUUUGGGGAAGAGAUCAUUCUGCCAUAUGUGAAGCACAUCUUAUGGCAGAAAUGGCGCAACUACCGCGAUCGCAAGGCAGGAUAUGGGCGCAAGCGGAGUUAUUCCAAGGCCACCGAUCUUUUGCUGAUCGACCCACCAGAGGAGGCAGCAUUUAUGACCCGGCUGCGUAGCGAGGCCGAUGCAGAAGAGUACAACGUCGAGGAAGAUAUCUUGGAAAUGUGGGUGCAAUUCGGAUAUCUGGCACUUUUUGGAGUCGCCUGGCCACUCGUUCCAUUGGGCUUUUUGCUGAACAACUGGCUCGAACUGCGCGGUGACUUUUUCAAACUCACCCUGGAAUGCCAGCGCCCGCCCCCAAUCCGGGCGGACUCAAUCGGUCCUUGUCUGCUUGGACUGGAUUUCAUGGCUUGGCUGGGUACACUCUCGACCGCAGCGAUCGUGCACGUCUAUCGGGGGCCGAUCCAUGAGGUACAUCUGUCAUCGCUGCUGUUGACCGUUUUUAUUGCGGAGCAAGCCUACCUGGGAAUGCGGUUCACAGCUUCCGUGGCCCUCGAGAAAAUCUUCUCUGACACCAUCCGACGGGAAGAGGCCCGCCGGUACGCCGUUCGCAAGAAUUAUUUUGCUGCGAGCCUGACAAGAUCUGGAUCACCUAGCUCUGGCUCCCAGGGCUCACCAAAUGGCCGACGUCGUCCGCGUGUGCGCUUCAACGAACGGGUGAAUGUGUACGGCUCCACUGAAAAGGAGCCUUCGCCCGACGGAACACCCUCUCCUACCAAAGACGUACCAGAGGAUGACGUCCUUCGCGGAUCCGAUCGGGAAGCCGAAUUCUGGAGUGGACAAUCCCAUAAUACGGCGGCAGACGCAGGCGUCAAACUGAUCCGAGCUCUCACACCCAAAGCUGCUGACGAUCUGAAACUGUCGAAAGAAGCGUAG